CUCUGUUUCCGUAGCAACAGUCACAAAGUGGGAUGGUGCCUUUAGCAGGGUGUGGCCAACAUGUAAGACAGGAUACUGUGGGGGUCGAACCCUGCAGAUAUAAGACUCUGGAUGAAGUGAUGUUAAAGUCAGAGCAGAGAGAAAGGGAGUGGCAGACCACUGAAGACAGACAGACAGACAGACUGAGAGACUUAGAGACAGACGGACAGGUAUCAGGACAGGUGAAACGGUUGAGGACAGACGGCUGAAGGAUGUCAUUGUUUGAGUUCUGGAGGAAGAGAAAGGAGCGAGGAGACAUUCUGCAGAGGAGCAGAGAGAGGAGCCUCUCUCCAUCACAGCUGGAGCGGUUGCUAGGUGACGUUGGAAUUCGGGCAGCGCUAGGUGAUGGCAGGCUGGCCUCUCUGCUGCCCCCUGUGGGUACGGAGGUGUUCAGACACUUCACAGCAACCUCAGCAGAGGGGAGCAAACGACACCCUGACACUGAGGACGAGAGAGACCAGAGCAACCAGGAAGCAGGGACCAACCAGCCUCAGAGAGCCAACGAUCUGGAGGCUGGGAAGCCCCUCCCAUUCUUCUAUGGAGACCCGCCCUCUGAGCUUCUCAACACCCCAUUGGAGGAGCUGGAUCCAUUCUACCAAUCACAGAAGACCUUCCUGGUCCUGGGGAAAGGUAAGACGAUCCACAGGUUUGAUUCCAGCCCAUCCUGCUUCCUGUUUAGUCCAUUAAACCCGCUGAGGAAAUGCGCCAUCAGAGUCCUCAUUCAUCCAUAUCCUUUGAGAUGUCACACUCUGCUGUUUUUGUUAUCAUUGCGACAAUUUUGA